GAGUGCCAUGGAGCACGUCCUGGCGGUGACAUCGCCCAUCUCAAGUCCGCGGCAAAGGGGAGCUACUUGCUUGAACAACCCCGUUGGUGCGUCCGAUGUGUGGGGCCUCACCAAGGACUUUAGCUGGCCGGCCAGUCGCGGCAGCGUCACGGCGCUUCUCCCUGACUUGGUUGCCAUCAACCUGGAGCUGUCAUCGUGCACGGUGACUGCCGGGCACAUCGCGCUCACGUUCCGGUACUCGGACACUGUUUCCAACUACUCCCUCGUCGUUGUGUUGGAUGCAAUCCCCGAGCAAAAGUUCGACCAGGCAUUCCAGGUCGACCUGAUCAAAGCGCUGUGCCGCCCACCAUCGUCCGAACUCCGAUCGAAGCACGAGACAUGUCGCUCGGCCAACACCGACAUGCUAAUCAGCCGCCACGAGAGCCCAGUUACCCACGUCGCAUUCCUUCGCUCGUAUCAGGGGGGACAUCCCCACGAAAAGAAGUCGAUGCAACCACAGAAAGCGCAUCCGCUGCGAUGCGUGAUCACGCGAGAAGACGGUGGCGCGUACGCAUGGGAGUGGAGUCAUGACAGGCUCCAAUGGACGUAUCUAAACUGCUUCAACGUGGCGACCGAGGGCUCCACUAGUCGAAUUGGAUCGAUCGACAGCUACGCCGCGUGCGGUGGGUCCCAUGGCGUCGUGUUCCGCUCCACCCCCGACGCGGCCAGCGACAUCAUGUCUCGCCUAGUUAGCUUUGACACGGCGCCAACGUUGGCCACACACCCGACGCGCAUCGUAGUCGGUCCUCUCGUGUCGGUUCUGCCGCCUGCCAAGGCCAACGCGGUGAUUGAGUGGAUGCGUGGCUCGCACGUUGGCCUUUGGAUGGUCACCUCUGCCAACGACAUCUUUCUGCGCAGCGCGACGUCCCCUGGUUGCUUGCACACGGUCUUGAAUCGAUCCACGUGUGCGCAAGACUCGAUGGCCCGCCCGACGGACCCCACGGACGUGCUGCUACUUCGAUGCGUUCACACAACUACCGGCGCGCUCGUGACGAUGGACCCCGUGACUGGUCAAGUGUGGACUUGCCAAGAGCGCCAUGGUGAGCUCGUCGUGCUGCGUUUGCCGUACAGCCUUCCACUUCCGCAAGACGACGAGGAUGGCGCGAUUCGCGAGAUUGCGAGCCACCGCCAAUUCGUCCUUGCGCUGACUAGCCGCUUCUGCUUUGUAUUUGACGUGCAUACUGGCGCACAAGUGGCCAAGGUGGCCGCCCCAGAUGCCGCCGCAUCCUUUUGGACAAGUACCGGCGUCGGUCUCUGGAGUUGGAAUGGCGUGUGGCGACUGAAAGUCCCCAGCGCCAAGCAGUAUGCGCAGAGCGUCGCGACUUCUGCGGGCUCCCGUGCCUCGAUAGGUGCCUGUGCAGCCGCGGCGAUGCGUCAUCUCGACGACUUUGGGCCAAGCUUGCAGUUCGACCAGGCGGCCAUGGCACUCCAAGUGCUACGAUAUCCCCACGGCACGACCAGGGAGACCCAGGACAAGGCGAAGCGCGUGUUUGACGCCGCCGCGGAAAGCCCCGCCUGGAUGCUAUCGCUCCUAGCCGACCACACCGUCCCCGCUUCGUUGGAGGAAGAUCUCCACGCGUUGCUGUAUCGCCUGCAUCAGCUCCUCCACACGGACGUCCAAGCGGCGGCAUCUCCCAAGGGCGAUCCGCGAGCGACUCCCCUUAACUACGAAACGUACGACCACCUGCGUGCGUGGCUAGACGUGCGCCACCGCCGCGCGACAAUCCUCCAGGACAUGUCGUACUUGGACGCUACCGAGCAUCGUGAGGCAUCGGCCCGCGCCACGAAUCCGCUGCCGACCCGCAACCUGCUCGAGAAAUCGAGUUUGCACCUGGCCUCCCUCAUGACGUCGCUCACGUACGGCUCGCAGCUCUUGACGCAGCUCGAGCACGUGCUCGACAUGCACACACCCGACGCGUCGACGCGCCCGAGCCACGUGCUUUUCCAUGACGAACGUGUCACGGCGCUUGAAAGCGUGCGCCACCCGGCAUACUUUGAAUGGGUCGCGCGGCUCACGUUUCAGCACCGCCCCGCGGCGGCGUUGGACCACUUUAUUCACUCGAUUGCAUCGGCAUGUCCCCGCGUGUUCACGUUGAAUGGCGUCGUCCGGCUCGUCCGACCCCAUGCCGACCGCGCGCUGGCGGCGCUCCCCCCCAUGCGCCUCCACUUGCUCCUGCAACCAACCAACGUCGACGCCAUGGUGCUCGCGUACACAAACGCGUUGUGCGCAUCGCAUGCCUACGUGGACGCGCUGCAGUGGCUGCUGCGCUUUCAACUGUACGCGCGUGCAAAAGCGCUAUUCCCGACGCUGCCUCGUGCCGUCCAGCCCGCGUGGUUCUGGCAGCUUCUCCAAUUCGUUGCGCGCCACCACCACGUCAUGACGGACGAACUAGUGGCCGUCGUGGGGCUCAAGCCAAAGCACAUUCCCAAUGGACACGUCCUCUCGACUCUACAUCGUGUCAUGCCGCGAAAUGGCGUGCCGGUGCACAUGCUGCGGCCGCUGCUGGCUACGUUGGUGACAACGUCACCAGUGGGUAGAAUGGCACGGACGGCACACGAAUCUGUUGGAUCGGCGAACGACGGCAGUGUUCGAGUUGACGACCGGCGGGGCUUGGAGCCGUCAGCAGUGCCUUAGUUGGAAGGACGAGGCGAGCCAUCGCGGUGGGUGGCGGCGCUGCCCUGUCAAGACCCGGCGCUUGGGAGUUCCGCGACGGCUUGCAUUAAGGCUUUUUUAGCAACGGGACACUGAAAAUAGACGAUAGAAUCGAUCGCUUGGGUGGUGCAUCGUUUGGCGAAGGAGUGGGUUUGGCCGGCACGUGUUUUGGCGGGGCUGGCGCCUUUGCCGCCCCGCCUUCCUUGGCGAGAAUCUGCUGCCGCAUCUUUUGCGCCAUGCGGUCGAAGAGACUGAGUCCUGAUGGCUCAUCGUCGGACGAUGCGCCUUCGCCCAAUGCAAUGGGCUGGGGUGCGCUCUGCUGUUUCUCUGCGGCGGGCUGGGCUGUCUUGCUGCUUUUUGCUUUAGGCUUGGCUAUCACCGAGGUGUCGUCGCCAUGCGUCGGUCGCGACUGGACGACUGGCUUCGCAGCCGCUUUGGCCCGUUUGGCUGCAAGCUCGUCCUGCUUCUUCUUGACUGCUAGUGCGUACUUUUCCAGCUUUUCUUUCCGCGCAGCCUCCUUUCUCCGCUGUUUUUCUUGCGCUGCAAGCUCCUUCAUCAUGUUCUUCUUCUUGCCUUUCCGGGGCUUUUGUGGUUGGAUUGCCUUGGCUUCACUGAAUCCCACAGAAUCCGACGCAUGCUCGUCCUCCAUCGCAGCAUCCACUGAUGCGGACUUCGUCGUGGCGGUCGCUCGUUUGACGGGGUCGGAUUCGGUCGCUCGUUUGUCGGGGUCGGAUUCGGUCGCGACUCUUUGCUUUUUCGCAGCGCUUGGUGCGUUGAUUGGCGCGCCACCCCCGUCGUCAAGGUCGUCCUUGCUGCUUUUUUGCUGUUUUCUCUUUUUCGCACCGCUUGGCUUUGUCGCACGUGCUGGCUUAGAAACUGACGGCGCAGGGGUCGCAGGACGCGCCGGCUCGAGUGAAGUGUCGACGUCAUGCGGCAUUUCCCGCUGUUUCGCCGCCUUCCUAUCGUCUGCUGUGCGCUGGACAAAUGCUGCAGCUUCUUCUGGUACUGCUGCUUUGGCGGGUGCUUUCAUUGUUCCAGCGAUUCUCCGCUCUUGUUGUGCUGCUUUCUGCCGCAUUCGUCGCUCGUCGGCUUCCGCUUGACGCACGACGUCAUCGUGCUGUUCUUUCGCCGCCUGUUCCAACACAGCGCGCCGCCGCUCUUCCAUCUCAAGCUCCAUUUGCCGUUUCUUUGCAGCUUCUUCUUCGGCCAUCUUGUGUUGUUCUGCGAUCCGUCUACGUUCGGUCUCCCGCUGCUUUGCUUGUCGCGCCAGCUCGACUUGAUGUUCUCGUUCCACGCGAAGGCGUUCGCGCUCUACUCGCUCGACUUUCUUUUGUUCCGCCACCGUCCGAUCCAAGGCCUCAGCAAGUGUUGUCGCCGCCCGCCCCACCACACGCCGACGAUGGCGCCGCCGCAAUGCUUCCAGAGAACGCUGCAACUCGAUGCACUUCAGUCAGCCGUCUGCACCAUCAGCGCCCUUGCUACCUCGAUCGCAGCCACAUCUGCCGCCGACUGCCUGGCCAUCCUUGCG